AUGAUGUCCACACUUCGAUUGACCAGACUUUUCUCCACGUCACGAUCUCUUCAAGUGCCAACGGCUCAGGAGAUUUUCGACAGAGAACUCAAGUACGGCUGUCACAACUACAAACCGUUGCCUGUAGCUCUAGCCAAAGGAGAAGGUGUUUUCGUAUGGGAUGUGGCUGGUAAGAGGUAUUUCGACUGUCUCGCUGGCUAUUCUGCUGUUAAUCAAGGUCACUGUCAUCCUCGAAUAGUGGCGGCUGCCGUGAAACAGAUGCAGACACUCUCGUUGACAUCACGAGCGUUUUAUAACAACGUACUUGGCGAGUACGAGGAAUUCCUCGUGAAGAAGUUCAAAUACGACAAAGCUCUACCGAUGAACACCGGCGUGGAAGCAGCCGAAUCGGCAGUGAAGCUCGCUCGCCGUUGGGCUUACGAUGUGAAGAAGGUUCCCAAUAACAAAGCGAAG